CCGCCUGGUCCACGUCCACUUCCACUUCUAGGGAAUAUCCACCAGAUAGGUCUGACCAGGUCAUGGCUUACCUUCACCGAGUGGAAAGUGGAUUACGGAGACAUCGUGUACUGUCGUGUGCUGGGAAACGACAUGAUCAUUCUCAACUCGGAGGAUGUGGUGCAGGACCUUCUUGAGAAACGAUCGCACAACUACUCUGAUAGGAUUCACCUGCCCAUUCGCGAACCCUAUGGAUUCUCGCAGGACAUGAUCUUCCGGAAGCAUGAUGAUACGUGGCGAGCACAUCGGAGAGUAGCACAGCAAGGCCUUCGAGCGGACGCCGUCAAAACGUUUCAGUCUAUCCAGCGUCGCUGCAGUCUGGAUCUCAUUCGCGAACUAGCAAGCACACCGCACGCAUAUCUUCACCACUUCGAAAAGUUCUCCGCAUCGGUGAUCUUAUCCGCUGUGUAUGACCACGAAGUUACCGAUGAUCAUGAUCCCAUGGUAGAGAACGUUACUACAAUGAUGGCUCUUUUCAGUAAACUACUGCUACCCCAGAACUCUGUCCUGGUGCAAUGGUUUCCGUUCCUCAAGUAUACGCCCACUUGGCUACCGUGGGGCUGGUUCAACAUGGAGUCAUGUAGAAGUUCCGUACAGAGGACGUUGAACAUGCCGUUUGAGGAGCUUGAGCAAAAGAUUACCUCCGGGGAAGUAAGCAGUUCAGUCGCCUUGGAUGCCAUGGAACGUUUCAGGACCACGGGUAAGAUAUCCGAUGUCGAUGAGGUGGUCAAGGGGGCAUGUUGCUCUCUGUUUGUUGCCGGUUUUGAAACUACCACCUCGACGCUCAUGGUCUUUCUGUUGGCAAUGCUUCUAUAUCCCAAUGCUCAGAAGCGAGCCCAAGACGAGAUUGACGCUGUCGUUGGCGUGGAUCGGUUGCCAUAUUUUGAGGACAAGUCAGCCUUACCCUUCCUUGAGGCUAUAUUCCGCGAGACUUUGAGGUGGUAUCCAGUUGUACCAUUAGGCAUUCCACACGCAUCUACCAAUGGCGACUUAUACCGUGGGUAUGACAUCCCAGCAGGUGCCUUAGUCAUCGCAAACAUCUGGGCGUUAUCUCGCGACUCGGAAAAAUACCCCUCCCCUUCGGAGUUCAGACCGGAGAGGUUUCUCGACGCGAAUGGAAACUUGACGAAUGAUACUGUCGACUUCGCCUUUGGGUUCGGCCGUCGCGUGUGCGUUGGCCGUCACUUCGCAGUUAACUCGCUGUGGUUGGCUAUGGCUCGCAUUCUCGCAGCUUUCAACAUUCAAAGGCAGAGGGAUGAAUCCGGCAAGCUUAUUGAACUGAAGGUAGAAUGGGUUGAUGGUGUGACCUCUAUGCCGAAGCCGUUUCCAUGUGAAUUGACUCCGAAAAGACAAUAUGAUGCCGGCGGGAGACCUACACUGACAUGAACUAGCUCUUACGAGCCAACAAGAUUAGGUCUCCGCCACAAACUCCUUCUUGUAGAUCGGUUUGUUGUGCCCUUGCCAUCCUUACGACAUAGAUUCCUUAUUCCUCAAAUAGUUUGCUUGGUAAAUUAUUCACGCAGUUGCUUGUUGGUUCUCC